AUGUAGAGAUUAUUCUUACAGAAAGUAAGUUCCACGACUGCCUAGCAAAGGCUGAAGUCCCUCACUGUACUAGAUAAAAUAGUGCCUACUGCCAGUAGAUAAAUUAACACCAAUACUUAACCUUCGCAGUCACCCCGUAAAUCAGAUGUUAUUGCAGUUCCAAUAGACAGUUCUAUUGAAAGUUCUAUGAAUCUAUCCUCUUAACCAUCUUCUCUUGAAAACAGAGUGAAUAGGAUGUUGCGAUAUUUACCAAGCAUUAGAGGUGAAAAUAGUUUUAUCAAGCAAUAGAUGGAUUAUUUCACAUUGAAAAUGCAGAAAAAUGAAGGUGAUAAGGAGGAGAAAUAGCCUUUAACACCUCCAAAAGGAUUCGAGAAGUUCUUUAAAAAGAAGGAAGACGAGAAAAAAGCCGCAUAAAAGUCAGAUGAUCCCAAGACCGAAAAUAAGGAAGCUAAAAAGCCUUAAGAAGAGCAGAUUAGUGACGAGGAGGAACCAGAUACCAAGGAUAAAAAUAAAGAGAAAAAAUCAAGUGAAUAUGAUGCAACUAGCUUUAAGAACUCACUCAACAACUUCUUCUUCCAGCCAAAUGGAGGUGGACCAAUUAUCGAGAAUUGGGUAGUAGCAUUAUUGCUGUCGGGAGCGUUUUAUUAUUACUUGACAUCUAAAAGCCCAUCACAAGAAAUCACUUAUAUGGACUUUAUCAACCAGUACUUAACCAAGAAUCAAGUUAAAAUGAUCACUAUAACUGAGGACAAGACUAGUGACAUGUUCAAGUAUAAAGCUGAAAUUGAGCUUCUUGAAGGAAAGAAAGUUCACUUAGUUUUACCAUAAGUUGAAAAUUUCUUGUACAAAUUAGAUUUAGCUUAGAGAGAAAUGGGUAAGAUGCCAAAUGACUUUGUUCCAGUCAAGUACGCCUCAGAAGCUAGUCAAUCAUAGAAUAACACAAUGCUAAACUUUUUCAUCGGUGGACUGUUUAUUGUAUUUUUGAUGCAAAUUUACAGAAGUAUGCAUGGUAAAGGUGGACCAGGUGCUAGUGGAGGAUAAAAUGCAUCCAAGGGAGGUAAUCAACCUGGCAAAGGACCAUUCGGAGGAGGUGGCUCUGGUGGAAUGAAUGAUAUUUUCGGUAUGGGUAAAUCGAAUGUUCAAAUAUAUGGAGUUGAUAAGAAAAUCAAGACUAAAUUCAAGCAUGUUGCAGGUAUGGAGGGAGCCAAAUAAGAGGUUCAAGAAUUUGUUGAUUUCCUUAAGGAUCCAAAGAAAUAUCAAAAGCUUGGAGCAUAAAUUCCAAGAGGAGCUCUCCUUGUUGGUCCACCAGGAACUGGAAAGACACUUUUGGCUAAGGCUGUGGCUGGCGAGGCUGGUGUACCUUUCUUGUCAAUCUCAGGUUCAGACUUCGUAGAGAUGUUUGUAGGAGUAGGAGCUUCAAGAGUAAGAGAUCUAUUCAAGAAAGCAAGAGAAAAGGCUCCAUCUAUUAUCUUCAUUGAUGAGAUAGAUGCAGUAGCUAAAAAGAGACAGGGUAAAUUCGGUGGAAAUGAUGAAAGAGAUAAUACUCUCAAUCAACUCUUGGUCGAAAUGGAUGGUUUCGGUACAGAGGAAUCAGUUAUAGUAUUAGCAGCAACAAAUAGAGCAGAUAUUUUGGAUGCUGCUGUUUUGAGACCAGGUCGUUUCGAUAGAUAAAUUGAAAUCACUCUCCCAACUAUUAAGGAUCGAACUGAAAUAUUCAAAGUGCAUCUUAAAAAGAUCAAGUUGAAUGCUGAAAAGUCAAGAGAGGAGUAUGCAAAGAAGAUGGCAUCAUUAACACCAGGAUUCUCUGGAGCUGAAAUCUCAAAUGUCGUUAACGAGGGAGCAAUCAUUGCAGCAAGAAAAGAUGCUGAAUCUGUUGGUAUAUAAGAGUUUGAAUCAGCUAUUGAGAGAGUUAUUGGAGGACUUGAGAGAAAGACCAUUAUAACCAAGGAUGAAAAGAAGAUUAUUGCCUAUCAUGAAGCAGGCCACGCAGUUGCUGGAUGGUUCCUUGAGCAUUCUAACCCACUGUUGAAAGUAACAAUCAUUCCCAGAUCUAAGGGAGCUCUAGGUUUCGCAUAAUAUCUCCCAGAAGAGAUCUCUUUAUACUCAAAGGAAGCCUUAUAGGAUAUGAUUUGCACCGCUCUCGGAGGUAGAAUCGCAGAGGAUCUCUUCUUUGGAAAGAUCACAACAGGCGCCUCAGAUGAUAUUAAAAAGGUCACUCAAAUUGCUCAAGGAUUGGUUACUGUUUAUGGUAUGACUGACAGAAUCGGCCUUGUGGGGUACAGCUCGGAGGAAUAGUCGAUAAAGCCAUAUAGUGAUUCGACUAAUGAGAUUAUUGAUGAGGAGGUCAGACGUAUUGUCAUGGAGUGCUAUAACUCAACCAAAGAACUUCUUGAAUCUAAAAAAGAUCUUAUUCAUGACUUAGCAGAGGAGUUAUUAGCUAAGGAAACUAUAACACUACCAGAUAUUCUAAGAAUUCUUGGUGACAGACCCUACCCCUUAAAGGAGACUGUAAGAGAGUACCUUGAAGAGCUCAAAGAAAGAAAGGUUAAGGAUGACGAGAAAAUUUAAGAAGCUGCUAAUACUUUAGCAGAGAAUCUUGAAAAAAAAGCUGAGAGUGAAAGUGAGCAAGCAGCAACAGAGAAGAAGGAAGACAGCAGUGACAGCUAGAGUGCUGCACCAAUCGAAGAUAAAUAAAAAGAUCAUAAUGAAACUCUCAAGUGA